AUGGUCAGACUUUACAAUCUAUCGAAACGUGAAACUCGUGGAUGUCCGGGCGCUGGAUGUAGGCCUACGAAACCAGAUAGCAGCGAGGGGGCGAGGAACGAACAACUGUCCCCGCGAAAUACCAGGACGGAGCCCAUCCUUGCACUUGACAACGCGACAUCAGCCGGACAGAAAGGUGUUUCCUCCUCUGACGCCGCUUCACUCUGCUCCUCGUGCUUCAGCACGCCACUCUCAGAGCCAUACCGCAGACUGGACGCUGGCACCCCCGCUCUCACACCGGAGACGGACCUGACCCCCACACAGUGUGUGCUGCGUAAUGUUCUGUCCAUAGACACCGGGGCCCAGGGCGCCCCCGGGGGCUGCAGCCCCACCCCCAGUGAUGGACCCCAGUUUGAUAAUAGUGUGUUAACUCUGCAUGAACAUGAGGCAUGCCAGUGCGGCGGAGCAGAGGCAGGCCACAGCCCGGAGGCCGGGGCGGUCCGCAGGCAGUCCGAAAGCUUCAGGCUACAGGCUGGAAGUGGAGGCUUUUUGGAGGGGCUGUUUGGCUGCCUCAAACCCGUGUGGACCAUGAUCGGAAAGGCCUACUCCACUGAACAUAAACACAACCAUGAAGAGUCGUGGGAGGUCCCGUUCGAGGAGAUCUCUGACCUGCAGUGGGUGGGCAGCGGGGCACAGGGGGCAGUGUUCCUGGGAAAGUUUCACGGAGACGAUGUGGCCGUGAAGAAAGUGCGAGACAUAAAGGAGACGGAGAUCAAGCACCUACGCAAACUCAAGCAUCCCAACAUCAUCACGUUCAAGGGUGUGUGCACGCAGGCGCCAUGUUACUGUAUCCUGAUGGAGUACUGUGCCCAAGGGCAGCUGUACGAGGUUCUCCGGGCGGGACGCAAGAUCACCCCGUCCCUCAUGGUGGACUGGUCCAUGGGCAUCGCAGGAGGAAUGAACUACUUACACUUGCACAAGAUCAUCCACCGAGACCUCAAGUCCCCAAACAUGUUGAUCACACACGACGAUCUGGUGAAGAUUUCUGAUUUUGGCACUUCAAGAGAGCUCAGCGACAAAAGUACAAAAAUGUCAUUCGCUGGCACUGUGGCUUGGAUGGCUCCAGAAGUAAUAAGGAACGAGCCAGUCUCAGAGAAAGUGGACAUUUGGUCGUUUGGAGUAGUUCUGUGGGAGAUGUUGACCGGAGAAGUUCCAUAUAAAGACGUAGAUUCCUCGGCCAUCAUCUGGGGCGUGGGGAACAACAGUCUGCAGCUGCCGGUCCCCGAGAGCUGCCCAGACGGAUUCAAGAUCCUGCUCAGACAGUGCUGGAACUGUAAGCCCAGGAACAGGCCAUCUUUCCGUCAGAUCCUUCUCCACUUGGACAUAGCAUCUGCAGAUGUUUUGUCCACACCUCAAGAGACCUACUUCAAGUCUCAAGCUGAAUGGAGAGAAGAAGUGAAGCAGCACUUUGAGAAAAUUAAAUCCGAGGGCACUUGUCUACACCGACUGGACGAGGAGCUGAUCAACCGCCGUCGAGAGGAGCUCAGACAUGCGCUGGAUAUCCGUGAGCACUACGAGAGGAAACUGGAGAGGGCCAACAACUUGUACAUGGAGCUGAGUGCAGUUAUGCUACAGCUGGAGCUAAAGGAGAAGGAGCUGCAAAGAAGAGAACAAUCUUUGGACAAGAAGUAUCCUGGUUUGUUUAAGCAUCAUAGCAGCAGACAGAGCUCCACUAACUCCAUGGACAAACUCAUCAAGAAGAGGAAUGUUCCACAGAAACUUCCGUCAGGAAAGAGGCCUGACAUUCUGAAGUCAGAGGUGAUCAUUCCUAAGAUGGAUUCCUCUGUGAUGCAAGUGACAAUCCCCACCUGUAAGGACAGAACCUCCCCGAACCGCUCUCGGAGGGUAAAGACUCGGCACCGCAAACCCGGUAAGGGCAGCAGUGGGGACCUGGCUGGAUUGAAGGCCAGUCAGUCUUCCCCCCAUCGGGACGCCUCCCCCCAGGCCGACCCCUCCGGCACUCCGCCUCCACAGCAGCUCCUGGAUCCGUCGGCCGCUCUGAGAGUCCAUGAGCCGCAGCAGAGGCUGUUGUCCUCCUCCAGCCCUGACCUGAUCAGCUCCACACUGGAGGCCGAUGCACAGGGCCCAAGGGAGGGCUCAGGGGGGGCUCUGGAGCGCGGGGGCAGUCUGAGUGCUUCUGCAGGGCUGGGGGGCUCAGCUCUGGACGACCUGACAGAAACACCUCCACGCAGUGACACGCCCAGUGAGGACCCCUCCUUCCCCUUCUCCAGCAGCCCCGACUCCCCAUGUGGGAGGGGGGCCGGAGGGGGCCGCGGGUCUCUGGGGUCUCCACGACUACCUCACGACGGAGAGGACAAGGACGAGGGGGCGGGCUCUGUGCGUAUCCCCCGAGGAGCUUCAGGGGGCGUCGGCACGCAGCACCUGACACCCUCAGCCAUCCUGUACCGCGCUGCCAUCUCCCGCAAACAGAGACGUGGAGUGUCGUCAGAGGAGGAGGAGGGGGAAGUGGACAGUGAGGUGGAGUUGCCACGGAGACGACGUCCCACUAGUAUCACCAAGUGCCAGUCUGUGUCCACGUUCAGCUCAGAGAACCUGUCGGUGUCGGACGGGGAGGAGGGCCACACCACUGACCACUCCCACAGCGGCACGCCAGACGUGGUCAGCACCAACACGGACGACAGACUGGACGACCGCAGUGACGACCUCCUCUCUCAGGGCUCCGAGAUCCCAGCCGACAACACGGACGGCCUGUCAGAGCGGGAGGGCGCCGUGGGACAGGCCAAAGCCGCGCUGGACCUGGGGCAGAAUUCAAAUGAGAGAUUAUGUGACGACUCCGACUGCGACAGCGCUGAGUUGGACCAGUCCGGCAGCGGAGAGCCCAGCCGGCCCCCGAGCGCUGGAGCCUGGACGUCCCCCUCCCAACCACCGGGCCCCCAGACCCCCCACAGCGGGGCCCCGUAA